UGUUUUUAUAUUAAUGGAUCUUGUCGACAGGUAUCGAGUAUGGAAUUUCGGAUGGCAAUAUUAAGUCAAUCGGUAAUGUCUGAAGAACAUACACAUGAAGAUCAUACUCAGCCGAAGGGAGACUACUUUGGAAUCAAUAAGAUCCAGCGCGUUGUGUUCGAUGUUUGUGAAUAGACCUAAUUGAACCAUGUCCACAGCUGCAUCAGGGAAUAUCCGGGCUUUUCUACUGUCUGUGGAUGAAAUAAAGGUUUGUGGACGCGCUCCUUUGUGUUACUUGGAUUAUGUUAACCACAAUGCAACAAAAUCCGUCCACUAGUUGCUUCUUCGACAGUAUAAAUUCUGCAACUUGUAUUUCUUUCCUCCUUCACUUCUACGUCCACCAUCUAACUUGCUAGAGUCUAGCUCCAUCCAUUGUUUAUCUCGACCAUCCUGAAUAAUUGAACAUGUACCAUCAGCCUCAAACGGGCCAAAUGCCGAUCCAAGGCCCGCCUCAACACUGGCCUCAUCCUUACCCCCCAGUAAUGCCCCAGCCUCCAUCUGUGCCCUCGCAUCUUAAUCCUUAUCCCCCGGAGCUCCUCUACGCACAUUUAUAUCAACAACAUUCACAAGCAAUCUACCAAGCCCAAGGAGCGCCCUACCCAGUCCCUCCUCCCCAUUACUGGGGUGGCUAUCCUCCCGCUUUCCAGGGUAUGGGUGCACCUCCAGCGGCUGCGCCGCCUCACUAUCCUAUCGCACCCCCCUUGGUACCGCUCCCCUACAACCAACGAUUGGAGCAACCGGAGCAACAAGCACCAGUAGCUGCCCCGGAGGCAAGCGCUGUCAUGCUCUGCAAGCGCAAGGAGGUGGACUUGGGUAAUGAUGAUGCUCCUCCGCGCAAGAAGCAAAUGAUGAUUGUUGAUGUUAUUGAUGACCGCAAAUUUGACUUGGUCAACUACAAAGGCGACAUCUGUUACAGAUACCGCCUGUCGAAGUGCAGAGACGCACCUCCAGUGCCACGAUCUGGCAGACAAGAUCAUAUCAAUUCGAGGAUGCACCAGGAUGCCUUGGCCCCACCGCCAACCCCCGAAUAUGACGAAGCUGAAUGGAACUUCGCCAAUAUUGAGGGUUCCACGAACCAGGAAGAGACCGACGAGAGUUCUCAAGGGCCUUGCGAAGGUUCAACUGAAAACUUGCUGUUGGGUCCUUUUGUCGACAGUCCCGAAGAAUAUGGCGCUUCGACUGACAGCAAGCCGUUGGAAGAGCCCAAUGACAGUCUUGUCGAGACCACGGAUUCGUGGGACGAGCAGUUCAAUGUGUUCUUCAACCUUGAAGCAGCCACUGAACCAUCCUUGAGCGAGGAGCUGGAAGAGUUCGCCGAGAGUUUUGAAAUGAGCGUUGAAGAAACUGUCGAUUAAGCUUCAGAAGAUGCGACGCUGGAUGACUUUUUGAAUUCUGUACGUGCGAUUUACAAUUCGUCAAGUUCGGGCCAGUCGUUG